AUGAAGAGUAGUGUGGAGGAGUUCACGGCGGGCUAUUACGGGCUGUGCGCCGCCGGAGGAAUGCUCAGCGCCGGCACUGCUCAUCUCGCCAUAACCCCUCUCGACGUCUUGAAGGUCAAAAUGCAGGUGAAUCCAGUGAAAUAUCAUGGCAUUCUAUCAGGGUUUAGUACUCUGUGCAGAGAAGAAGGUGCUUCUGCACUUUGGAGGGGUUGGUCGAGCAAACUCUUCGGGUAUGGCUUACAAGGGGGCUUCCGAUUUGGUCUUUACGAAUAUUUUAAGACGGUGUACGGUGACAUACUGGUGGAUCAAAACAAGGGGGUCAUAUUCUUUCUCAGUAGUUCAUCUGCUCAAAUAUUUGCCGAUAUUGCUCUUAGCCCUUUUGAAGCUGUCAAAAUACGAGUUCAAGCACAGAAGAAUUUUGCCAAGGGCUUGGCUGAUGGUUUUCCGAAACUUUAUGCUACCGAAGGAUUUUAUGGAUUCUACAAGGGUUUGCUUCCUCUUUGGGGUCGAAAUCUGCCAUUCUCCAUGAUAAUGUUUACAACAUUCGAGCACUCUGUGGAGCUACUUUAUAAGAAUAUCAUACGAAGAAAGAAGGAAGAUUGCUCGAGAGCACAACAACUUGCUGUGACGUGUUUAGGUGGCUAUGCAGCUGGAGCUAUUGGUACCGUUGUCUCUAAUCCUGCAGACAAUAUUGUUUCCUCACUUUACAAUAAAAAGGCUGCAACCAUAGUGCAGGCUGUGAAGAAAAUUGGGGUUGCCAAUUUGUUUACUAGAAGUCUUCCUGUUCGGAUUGCAAUCGUGGGUCCUGUUGUUAGUCUGCAGUGGUUUUUCUAUGACAGCAUCAAAGUGUUUAAUGGACUGCCCACCAGUGGAGGGCUGAGAAGGCAUCUGAUAAAUCCUGAAUGCUAA